GAUUUAUCUUAUUCACUUCUAUCUUUAUUGUUUUCAUAAAUGCUUCGUGAAACUAUGAAGUACCUAUCUAGUUGAAUUAAGUAGCUACUAACACUAGGGAGAGAUUUCACUGCUGUGAAACACCCUGUGAAUAUCACAAAAGGUCUUAUAUAAUUAAUUUCUGCCUGGCUGGUUGAGAAUAAUCAUUUCAUUGCAUUUUGAAGUUGUGAGCUGUAACCACUUAUUAGUUACACAAUGGUAAGUCCUUUGAAUAAAAUAAUAGAAGAGAAUAUUUCACUUAAAAGUAGGUACCUAGUUAAUUAUUGAUAUUACUAUUACUUUAAUACUUACUCAAGCAAUCUUUUACAGAAGUUUUUUUGGAUUACAACUCUCAUGCUCACCAUAACAAGCUUGACCGAUUCUUCUAUAACCGGAGUGACGUAUCACGAUGACUUUGACUUCGAAGAACGUUACCACAAAAACGAAUGUGACCCGAUGUUUUACUACCCCUUGCAUGCCCCUGAGCGUUGCGGGGACAUUUAUGAGAAACUCAUACGACAGAAGCUAGGCCACUACGGGCCUGUGCCCAUCCAGCCAGACGUACACGCAGCCAGCUACCCAGGGUCCGCCAUUAUACACUACCAGUCCGACCCUAUCCCUUUACCCAACCGACUAGAGGACAUCCCGCUAUCCCCUUACGAAGAGCUAUUCAAGCAUUUAACAGCAGAUAUAGUGAAGGAUCCGAAGAAACCGGAGGUGGUCAUGACGAAUAUAGGCCCAGUGGCGGUUUAUGAGCAGAAGGUAUCGGAACAGAGCGAGAAGAUGAUCAUGGAUUUGGCAAAAGGACGCGAUGAGAAGAGUGGUUUUCGGACACGGACGAAAGACAAAAGGCGAAGACACCGACACCGUCGUAAUCGCCACCACUAGAAAUAAAAAGGUAAGAUUGGAUUUGUUAUUGAUUGUUGUGUAGUAUAAGAAGAAACUGG